AUGGAUGUCCCUGAGCCCGACCAGUCGCCCUUCACAGCCAUGUCCGCGCACACCUCUAGACUGACCCGACACUACCAAGCCUACCUCGAUGCCUCCACCCCGUACACAACUUACCGCUGGGUUGGUUCCGGCGUGCUCCUACUCCUCUUUUUCCUGCGCAUUUUCCUCGCACAGGGCUGGUAUAUCGUCGCUUAUACACUCGGCAUCUAUCUCUUGAACCUUUUCCUCGCUUUCCUGACUCCCAAGUUCGACCCCUCUCUCACCCAGGACGAGGGUCUCGAGGACGGUGACGCCGGGUCCCCCAGCCUCCCCACCAAGAAGGACGAGGAGUUCCGGCCUUUCAUCCGCCGUCUGCCCGAGUUCAAGUUCUGGCACUCGGCCACUCGCGCCAUUGCCAUUGGCUUCGUUUGCUCUUGGCUCGCUGUCUUUGAUAUCCCCGUAUUCUGGCCGGUGCUGGUGGUUUACUGGAUCAUUCUGUUUGUGCUGACGAUGCGACGACAAAUCCAGCACAUGAUUAAGUACCGCUACGUGCCUUUCUCCUUCGGAAAGACACGCGCAACCAUGGACAUGGAUAUGAACAUGCCAUCAGUGUUCUCGGCCUCCACUGAAAUCACAAUCCUAUUCACAGGCUGGACAACCUCAACCACGACACAAUACGUCUUCACAUUGUCCUUUCUAUUUCUCCUCGCCAUCUUCAACCGCUUUCUCGGCGCUCUCAAAUUCCAACUCGAGAAAUCCUGGUCCCAGCAUAACUCUUCCCCUUCAGCCCUGCUUCUUGCUCCAGUAAAUCCACGACAAAGCAUCCGAAAGGCGAAGCUCAGCCCUCUCCCAGAUUACAUGCACGUGCACGGGGAUGAGGACCCCGAAGAAGUGACUUUGCCAGUUUCAAAUAAUGAAAACGAAACACGAAGUACGUCAUUGAGGUAUCUCAAAGGUGAUGGUGUUCGGAAUAGGAGCUCACUGAAACGCUUGCUCCCGUCAUGGAAGGCUAGUGGAACGUGGAGUCUCCGGAAAGACGGGACACGUGGUUACAUCUGCUACUUUCUGCAUAGGAUGCUGUCUGUGAUGACCUUCAACGUCGGCGUCUUCGUUACUGUGCUUUUCGGCGUUCUAGUGGGAGAACUGUUUCUUGGGAGAUUCUCUCAGGGAACUAGCUGGCAAGAAGGGACUUGUCAUGGUGGGUGA